AUGAUCACAUCAACAAGUAAGGUUGACAUACAAGAUCUCAAGAACAAGAGACAGCUUAAACAAGUAUUAGGUAAAGAUAGAUCACACGAAAAAGCUUCGACUCAACCUCCAGUGCCCAGUGCUUCUUCACUUUGCAACUCAGUGAAGAAACGCGAUGUUAGUGUGCAUGAUUCAAAAGGUGAUGCAGAGAAUAUUGAUGAUGAUGAUGCAGGUUGCAAUAAAGAUGAUGAGAUGAAGCACGAUGUUGUGCAGAGAGUCGAUGAAGGUGCAAGGUGUGGAAGAGAGGGAAGGUUUAUGAGAUCAAGGUUUAUAUGGGCUGCGAAGUUUGUUACAGGAAUCAAGGAGGUUUUGGUUCAAGUUUUUGUAUCGAUUUUAUUUCCUGAAACACGGUUUUUUGGCAAUGCUGCAUUGUAA